GAGUACACGCUCUCCCAGAAACCCUCGCGAUGCAGAGGCUAAACACGUGACGACUCUGUUGUGGGCGGGGCCUUCAGGACGCAGCUCGGGCGGCGGGAGUUUCAAGUUUCAAAAACCAACUCCUGGGAAAAAGCUAUGCUCCAAGCUGUUGCCGCGUCAUUAGUCCUUCCUAAACCCCGAGACAACCGAAAAGCUCAGCAGUCGGGCAUUUAGCCAACGGAUGGAUGUUAUAUCGCCAUUUGCAAUGCUAUCUACAAACUCUAUUAUGACAAAAACAAAACAAAACCCAGACGUUAAGCGAAAGAAAGAGGAUACAAAGUUGUGCGCAAACUGUGCUUACAUUUAUGUUUGGAAAUGCGAAAGCAAGAAGGGAGUAAAUGCAAUCAUUGAUAGUAUACCGUGGGCAAACCAUUAGUAUUUCUCCAACUGUUACGUUGUCUCUUCGCCACUUAAUUAAAGACAAUUGAUUUUUAAAACCUGGGAACUCCAGAUGUCUUCCUCUAUGACUCCCGCUUUGCAGAUGACAAAAUCGGGAGUCAGAGAAGGUGAUCUGCCACCUCACUCAAAUUGCGAGCUAAGCGUGGCACAGGAACGCGAGCCCGUUUUCCCUACUUCCAAGAGCAGAGGAGCGACCCGAUGAGCAGGAAGCCUGCCUGCCGAGCUAAGCAAGGAAGAACCUUACCCGGAAGCUGCGCCGAGAGAAACUCGCGCGAUGCUGGCCCCGCCCAACUCCAAAGCCCCGCCCAGGCCUGGAGGCAGGGAGGCGAGGUUUCCAUGGUGACAGUAAACAAGGCCCUGCCUUUGAGGGGCUAUUGCUGGGCACUCGCCGGCACCAUGAUUCCCCCCGCGGACUCUUUACUCAAGUAUGACACCCCGGUGCUGGUGAGCCGGAAUACAGAGAAACGGAGCCCCAAAGCUCGGCCAUUGAAAGUCACCCCCCAGCAGCCUGGACCCUCAGGUCCAGUCCCACCGCCAACCAAGACCAAGCUCUCAAUUUCCUGUGUCCCAGAUCCUACAAAGCAGGCAGAAGAAAUCUUGAAUGCUAUCCUGCCACCAAGGGAGUGGGUGGAAGACACACAGCUAUGGAUCCAGCAGGUGUCCAGCACGCCCAGCACCCGGAUGGAUGUGGUGCACCUUCAGGAGCAGCUGGACCUGAAGCUGCAGCAGCGGCAGGCCCGGGAGACUGGUAUCUGCCCUGUCCGCCGGGAGCUCUACUCACAGUGUUUUGAUGAGCUGAUUCGUGAGGUCACCAUCAACUGUGCGGAGAGGGGGCUGCUGCUGCUGCGAGUCCGGGACGAGAUCCGCAUGACCAUCGCUGCCUACCAGACCUUGUACGAGAGCAGCGUGGCGUUUGGCAUGAGGAAGGCACUGCAGGCUGAACAGGGGAAGUCAGACAUGGAGAGGAAAAUUACAGAGUUAGAAACGGAAAAGAGAGACUUGGAGAGGCAAGUCAACGAGCAGAAGGCAAAGUGUGAGGCCACGGAGAAGCGGGAGAGUGAGAGGAGACAGGUGGAGGAGAAGAAGCACAAUGAGGAAAUUCAGUUCCUGAAGCGGACGAAUCAGCAGCUGAAGGCCCAACUGGAAGGCAUUAUUGCACCAAAGAAGUGAUAAUUUCCAUAUGGGUCCCACAAACACGACUACCCCAUCGUAAGCCCUUUGUAAUAAAAAGCUAGUUUCCUAAAUGAACAAGCCAUACGCUCCCCUGAUCACCACCUACAUAUUUGUCAGAAGUCACACCAUUGACCCAGUGUCAUGAAACACCUAAGUCUGGCAGCCAGGCUCCUGGUUGGGCAAUGGAAGGUGGUGAGGCCCAGGCAGUCUGUCUCUGGCCAGCCUUGGGAUUUGCCAACUCAAAUAGUAAGACUUAGCAUCCACCCCUUUCCGCUGCAUCCCUCUUUGGUGAGGCAACUGCUUUCUCAUCACUAAUCCUAGCAGGACGCAGCUGGUUCCACCCCAUUCCUGGUCCAGUUCAUCUUGUACCUGAACUUGGGCUCCUCUGGCCUCAAUCUUUCCCUUAUUUGAUGUCUUUUCACCAUCCCGGCUCCAACACAGUUCUAGUAACUCCUUUUGAAGGAUAGAUUUAUACUGUAUCUGAUCCCCGCUUGUCAACUGGAUCCCUUCCUUAGUUUGACUGCCUAGGUGAGAAGGCAGUGGGAGAGUCAAACCCAUGACUUUUAAGUAAAUGUUUCCUGGAAAGAACUGUGUCCAUGGUGAACUGCUUGUACCUCAGCUCUUCCCCCAAAACCUUUUUGUUCACUUUCUUCUGCUGAAAAUCAAACCCUGGCCCUAUACCCCUCUAAGUAGCUAAAUUUAGUUAACAAUGGGAGAGGUGCCCAAACCUACCUGCAGUCCUAAUUAUUAACGUCAGGCUAUGCCUGGCAGGCAACUGCAUUUUACUGUUCCUCUUAAGUUAAACUCAACAUUUGCAGGACUCUUCUGGCUUCGUAGACCCAGACUACAUAAGCGACAGGGUGGGCUAGGGCAGCAAGCUGCAUGACUUCAGCACCCCCUCAGCUGGAAUGUUUCUCAGUGCUCUGUGUUCCCCUGGAGAUGUGAGGGCUCUUAUAGUGGAGCCUUAUCUGCCACCAUCCUGGUAGGGCUUCCAGGCUCAGUGACAAACUGCAGACCAAGAGCUACCUUCACUUUCCACCAAGUCAAACACCCCCAUUUGACUCAAAUUUGAAGGCACAGCUUCCCCUUGUCCAGGGUCCUGAGGAGUUCCAAGGCUCCCUCUGCUCUGCAUGCUGUCGUUUUCAUGGGAAAGAAUGCCACGCACUGAGAUGUACUAGUGCCACGCCUCCUUAACAGUAUAGCACGGAUAUCCCAGCCGGACCCACCUACCAGACGCAGUGAGGGACAAGAGAAGCUGCGGCAGCCUUGUCUUCAUAUUUUGAAGCCCAGGCCAUGCCCACUACAUCCUUGAAAUUUUGUUCUUACUGUUCUGUUCCAACAGCUUCUGUUCCAUAAUGCUAACUGCUGGGACAGAAGAACCACCACCCUUCCCAUUCUAUAGAUAUCAUCCUGUUUCUGUCAGACAUUCACGUGAUAGAGCUUCUCUCUGGAGGAACCACAGGGCUGAUCCGUGUCGGAAAUGCCAAUGGACUCCAUCGCUGAAAUUCUUGGGGGCUGGCACUGAUGAAUGGUUUCAGCUGUCAAACCUCAGAACAAAUGCACUGUGGCCUUAGAAAUGCCAACUGGGCAGGAAGAAAUUGAACACAGUUUCUAAUGCAUAUUUUUGUAUAAUUUAAUAAACAGCUUUUAAAAUG